UACUCGAAGAAAUCAGAUCUGUCAGGACGGGCGAAAAAAAUGCCACUUCCCAGCGAGCGGGCGGAAUCCAGCCCGGAUUUUCAGUCCUUUCUUCUCCUUUUCUCCCUUCCUCCCUUUCACUAAUUUACCCGAUGUUAGCACAUUCUGCCGGUAACACCCGGCCGCCUGUGGGCUGUCGCACGGGAUCGUUACUCACUGCUCAGGCGGGCUCCGGGCGCGGGGCUGAAGAUGGAGUGGGAAGUUGGGGAUAACAUUUUUAUUUUAUUUUUUUAAAUUACUUUGACUUAUUGCUACGAUUCCGUGCUUACUCAGGAAAGCAAACAGGCGCGCACGCAAAAAAAAAAAAAAAAAAAAAGGCAAAAAAAAAGCAAAAAAAAAAAACAACCAAACAACAACCAAAACAACAACAACAACAACAAAAACAGCAAAAACCUGAUGCUCCAGUUCUGACCGUGAACGCUGCCUACCGGCGUGCAGAGCUGUGAGUGAGGAACAGCGUCUUUUUUUUUUUUUUUUUUUUUUUAAAUUUUUUUGUAAGCGAGGAGGAAAAACCAAACAAACAAAAAAGGACCUCUGAUCCGAGUGCCAAAGUAGGGGAGAUGUGUCACUGACCGGUCUGUGCGGGCUGCGAUGGUACUUGCUGCCUACUGCGUGAUCGCUUGCUGUCUAAGUAAAAUGAGACACAGAGCUGUUGCUGAGACGAGUGGGAACAGCACUUUGAUUUGCUGGUUUAAUUAAAAAAUGAUAAAGGACUGAAGGAAAAGGUGGAUGUGGACCACAGGUUACAAACCUAGACACACCUGGAAAAGGAGGACAAGAAGAAUUAAAUUUAGAAAAGCCCAGCGGAGAUAAACGAAUGUCCCCACACCUCCAAAGGAAAGUUCAUCGGAUUUUUACUCUAGAGAUCUCAUCUUCAGGAUGUCAUUGAACACUUCCAGUACAGGAAAAGGUGUGGAUCCAAACGCGGUUGACACUUAUGACAGUGGCGAUGAUUGGGAAAUUGGUGUUGGGAAUUUAAUAAUCGACCUAGACGCCGAUUUGGAGAAGGACAGACAGAAAUUUGAGAUGAAUAAUUCUACCAGUACCACCAGCAGCAGCAGCACCAGCUCCAAGGAUUGUGGGGCUCUGGCUUCCAGUGGGGCUAAUACUACCUCAGCCUUAGCUGAUGGCCUAAAAUUUGCUUCUGUUCAGCCCUCCGCUCCCCAGGGGAAUUCCUCUCACAAAGAGACUAGUAAAUCAAAAGUGAAAAGGAGUAAAACUUCUAAGGAUGCUAAUAAAUCUCUGCCUUCUGCUGCCUUGUAUGGGAUUCCUGAGAUCAGCAGUGCUGGCAAGAGGCAGGAAGUCCAAGGGCGCCCUGGAGAGGCAACUGGCAUGAAUUCAGCACUGGGUCAAAGCGCGAGCGGUAACCCAAACGGCAAUAAUAACAGCACCAGCAGCACCACCGCCAUUGCCUCUUGUGGGAAAAACAAGGAGGAGAAACCGUGUAAAAACCAGGGCAGCCGAGGCGCCAAGCGGGAUAAGGAUGCGGGGAAGUCCCGGAAGGACAAGCAGCACGACCUGCAGCUGGCCCCCCCCAGCGGCCCCGGGGCCGGCGGCGGUGGCCAGGGCCCCCCCGGGCACCUUUACGGCUACGGGUCCAAGGGCGGCGGGGGGGGCGGCAGCCCCUUCCAUUGCGCCGCCGCCGCAGCCGCCGGGGAAGUGAGCAAAGGCGCCCCGGAUUCAGGGUUAAUGGGGAACUCUAUUUUGGUAAAGAAGGAAGAGGAGGAGGAAGAGAGCCACAGGCGAGUCAAGAAAUUGAAGACAGAAAAGGUUGAUCCCCUGUUUACAGUGCCUGCACCUCCACCUCCAAUUUCCAGCAGUAUCACACCUCAGAUUCUGCCUUCCUACUUUUCUCCAUCUUCAUCCAAUAUUGCAGCACCAGUUGAGCAGCUUUUGGUACGGACUCGUUCAGUGGGUGUAAAUACUUACGAAGUUGGAGUAGUAACAGAACCCGAAUGCCUUGGACCCUGUGAGCCUGGGACCAGCGUGAACUUGGAAGGAAUUGUGUGGCAUGAAACUGAAGAAGGUGUCCUGGUGGUGAACGUUACAUGGAGGAACAAGACUUACGUGGGAACGCUGCUGGACUGCACAAAGCAUGACUGGGCCCCUCCCAGGUUUUGUGAAUCGCCAACGAGUGACCUGGAAAUGCGAGGAGGAAGGGGCAGGGGGAAGCGGGCAAGGUCCGCUGCAGCCGUGGCUAUCCCUGGAAAUGAUACAAGUUUUACUGAGUCUAGAGGACUUCAGAAUAAGAAUCGAGGUGGUGCUAAUGGAAAGGGAAGGAGGGGCAGCCUUAACUCAAGUGGGCGCAGGACACCCCCAAAUUGCUCUGUGGAUGAAGUCAAAGCCAGCCCCUCAUCUACAAACAAGAGAAAAACUAAGCCUCCUAUGGAGCUAGACUUGAACUCCAGUUCGGAGGACACUAAGUGUGCAAAACGUGUUCGUACUAACUCUAGAAGCACUCCAACCACCCCACAGGGGAAACCAGAGACUACUUUUUUGGACCAAGGCUGCUCUUCUCCAGUGCUGAUUGACUGUCCUCACCCCAACUGUAACAAAAAGUACAAGCACAUUAAUGGACUACGAUACCAUCAGGCUCAUGCACAUUUAGACCCAGAAAACAAACUGGAGUUUGAGCCUGACAGUGAAGACAAAAUUUCAGACUGUGAGGAACCAUUGAGUAACACGGCACUUGAAUGCAGUGAACCAAGCACAAAUUUGCCAGGCUUUGAUCCACUAAAAGCACCAACAUCUCCUUCCUCUGUUUCUACCCCAGGGACCCCCAAGGGAAAAAGGGAACCGACCAGCAAUGGCACCAGUACAGUUAUCAGUUCCAAAACUGGCAAGAAUUCUGGCAAAAAGAAGGGUCUGAACAGUGAGCUGAACAGCCUUCCAGUAAUUUCUAACAUGUCAACCACACUGGAUAAUUGCUCUGUAGCAGAUGGCAAUUUGCAAACUGAAAUGCCAAAACUGGAGGCUGAAGGGUUAAUAGACAAGAAGAGUUUGAGUGAUAAAGGCAAGAAAGCUAAUAAUUGCAAAGUGGAUAAAAAUAUUUCCAAACUGAAAACAGCCAGGCCCAUUGCCCCAACGCCAGCACCGGCUCCUCCCCAGUUAAUAGCUAUACCUUCUACAGCCUUUACAACCAGCACUACAGGGACAAUACCAGGACUGCCCACUCUAACAACUACUGUUGUGCAGGCUACACCAAAGAGCCCUCCGCUAAAACCUAUUCAACCAAAGCCCACAAUUAUGGGAGAGCCAAGCACUGUAAACCCAGCUCUCACAUCACUCAAAGACAAAAAGAAAAGGGAGAAGCGAAAGCUAAAGGACAAAGAAAGCAAAGAGGGUGGAAGCCCUAAGAUGGAUUCUAAGCUGGGAAAGCUAGAGGAUUCAAAAGGGUCUGGGAAAGAUUUAUCUGGACAUUUUUUAAAGGACCAUCUCAACAAGAAUGAAGUGUUAGCUAAUGGACUUUCUGAAUCUCAAGAGAGCAGGAUGGCAAGUAUUAAGGCUGAAGCUGAUAAGGUUUACACAUUCACAGACAAUGCGCCCAGCCCUUCUAUAGGGAGUGCCUCCAGGAUGGAAUGCAGCACUUUGGUGAACGGACAAUCUUCAAUGGCGCCACUGCAUGUGUUGACACAAAAUGGUGCGGAUAGCGCUGCUGCUAAGACCAACAGCCCUGCUUACUCUGAUAUUUCUGAUGCAGCUGAUGACGGUGGCUCUGACAGCCGGUCAGAGGGCAUGAGGUCAAAGGCCAGCUCUCCUUCGGAUAUUAUUUCUAAUAAGGACAGUGUUGUAAAAGUACAUUCUUCAACCACAUCACAAUCGGCACAAGCGAAAGAGUCCCAUUCUCCCUAUUACCAUGGCUAUGAUCCUUAUUAUUCUCCAAGUUACAUGCAGUCUGGACAGGUCAGUGCCCCAGCAGCUGGAACCUGCAGUACCCCACAGGGACUGAAGAUCAAAAAAGAGGCAGAGGAAGAGGCUGAAAAGAAAGAGAAGGCAGAAGCAUCAGAUGCCAAGAAAAAUGAAAGCAGUUCCUCUAAUUUGCAGCCACAACAUCAGUCAGUAAUAACACAAAGACACCCUGCACUUGCUCAGUCACUUUAUUAUGGACAGUAUGCCUAUGGGCUCUAUAUGGACCAAAAGUCCUUAAUGGCCUCUAACCCUGCUUACAGACAGCAGUAUGAAAAAUAUUAUGAGGACCAGCGGCUAGCAGAACAGAAGUUGGUACAGACUGGGAGGGACUGUGAAAGGAAGAAUGAACCUCCCUUGAAGGAAAUUGGAAAGGAUGAUAAGCAGAAAAAUAUUCCAUCUGCAACUAUUUCAAAGGCUCCUUCAACUCCAGAGUCAAGCAAAAAUAACACUAAAAUAGGGUCUUUGGUCCCUAACAAAGGUGAGGAGACGAGCAAAUCACAGAUCCUUUCCAAUCACCAGCAGCAGCUUCAAUCUGACAGUUUCAAAGCCAAACAAAUGGAAAACCAUCAGCUCAUAAAGGAGGCUGUGGAGAUGAAAUCUGUCAUGGACUCCAUGAAGCAAACGGGGGUAGAUCCAACUACAAGAUUUAAACAGGAUCCAGAUACACGAACAUGGCAUCAUUAUGUCUAUCAGCCUAAAUACCUUGAUCAGCAAAAAUCAGAAGAACUUGAUCGGGAUAAAAAGUUAAAAGAAGACAGCCCUAGAAAAACACCUAACAAGGAAAGCUCCCUGCCUAACCUUCCUGUCUCAUUAGCAAGCAUUAAAGAGGAGCCUAAAGAGGUCAAGCGUUCUGAUUCUCAAUCAGUGGAUGAGAGCAAGACAAAAAACGAUGAUCGAAAGACUCCUGUAAAUUGGAAGGACUCUCGGGGUGCUAGAGUAGCAGUUUCCUCACCAAUGAGUCAGCAUCAGUCAUAUAUCCAGUACUUGCAUGCUUAUCCUUAUCCACAGAUGUAUGAUCCCAACCAUCCAGCCUAUCGAGCAGUCUCUCCUGUCCUAAUGCACAGCUAUCCUGGGGCAUAUCUCUCUCCAGGAUUUCAUUACCCAGUUUAUGGGAAGAUGUCAGGGAGAGAAGAGGCGGAGAAAGUCAAUACCAGCCCAAGCAUCAAUGCGAAAUCAACCACUGAGUCCAAAGCACUGGAUUUGCUCCAGCAGCAUGCCAGCCAGUAUCGCAGCAAGUCCCCUGUUCCCGUGGAAAAAUCGGCAGCUGAGCGUGAACGGGAAGCAGAAAGGGAGCGAGAUCGUCAUUCACCGUUUAGCCAGCGACAUCUCCACACACACCAUCACACACAUGUUGGAAUGGGUUACCCGCUUAUACCUGGACAAUAUGACCCAUUUCAAGGAUUGACCUCUGCUGCCCUUGUUGCCACUCAGCAGGUGGCUGCGCAGGCAUCUGCAUCUGGUAUGUUUCCUGCACAAAGAAGGGUGAAUUAAUGGAAGUUAGAGCUUGUUUAUGAAGUCGAUUCCAUUUCUCCCGCCUUGUGAAUACUUAAUACAGAAGGAUGAAUUAAAGGUCCUCAGCAGACAAGCACACUUGGAGUUUUUAUAUUGCUAUGAUGAAUCUGCCAUUCAUAUUGCUAUGAUUGUUUUAUUUUUAUAGACGUAAAGUCAGUUCCCUUAGUGAGUAGUAGUAAGGCUUGUGGGUUUUUAAUACACAUUAUUCGUCUGUGGCUUACUUACAUCCUGUUCUGAACACGUUCAGAAGUCUCACAGUGGUGACAUACUACAAGCUAGCUUCAUCAGAAAUGGGCAGAAGAGGGUGCUUUUUUUGGAGAUGGGGAUAUUGUGAAUACAGAACUCCUGAAAAAUAAGUGCCUUAUACUUCUAUAUUAAAAGCGUAGAUGGCUUUUGUAUUGAAAUAUGCCGUUGAUUUCUUUUCCGUCUAGACUGCUAAUGCUUCUGCAGCAAAACAGAUCUUACAAAUUCACACGAUCUGAGAUUUUGAUUUAGUGUGGUUUAAUAUUGUGUUGUAGGUAACUGGAAUGAAUUACUCUGAUUGAUGCAGGGUAAGCAGCAGCUAAAAUAGUAUUUAAUGUUAUAGCUUUAUUAUAUCCUUGAAACCUGUAAGAGAGGCUUAUGGGCAUUGCCAUUUAUUGUUUUCUUCCACUAAGGUUAAUUUUUUUCCCUCUAUCUUCUUAACUUUCCUUUUGAUUUAAUGCUUGCCACUUCCUUAAAGGCUAUGCAACUGGUUCAGUACUCCUCAAAGCCAAAAGUUAUUCAGCUGCAUGUCCAAGCUUGGCAUGCAACUGCUGUAAUCAUUUAAUCCCUGUAUAUCCAAAUGAUGAGCAGAAUGAAACAGUGAUAUGAGGAAGGCAGUUUACAAACCUGGGAACUAAGGGCUGCAGAAGCUGGCUGCUGGCAAGGGGCAGCUGAAGCAGUGUGGUACAGAUGUACCUGUACACUGUUUUCCAUAGGCAGGGCUUGUACUCCUUGUGCCUUGCAACUCACAACCCUGCUACCCUGCUCUUAUAGCAGCUACUAUCAAUGAACCUACUCUGUCUUUCAUCCAAAUGUUGCUAGACUUCUCACAGAGAUGAACUAGGGCUUUGGUAUUACACUUACUUCUCUGAGUUUCUAAUCUGUCCAUGCCAUGCAGCUAGAGGAUUGAAACAUCUCAUCAGUGGGAGCCCACCAUACCAACCCAAAAAACCCAGCCAGGGAGCUAUUGCCUGUGAUGCUUACACUGGGAAAAAACAGCUGUGAAUCGAGAGGCGGUAGGUUGUUUUGUUUUGUUGUUGUUUUUGAUCAGUCUUUUAGUUUUAGAGGCUGAAAUAGGAUAGAGAUCUAACUGACAAUUGGAUGGCUUGCCUAGCUAGACUGUUGAAAAUUGGGCCCAAGAGAAACAUUUUUCCAGUUUCAUAAGUGGCCUUGGUGAACAUCUAAGGACUCAAAGAGCUAAUUUCGUGCUGUCUCUUCCAUCCCUUGCUUCUGAAGGAUGUGUUGCUUGGAUGUAAUCAUUGGGUUAUAAGUCUGUGACAAAUGCUGGCAGUGCAUGAGCCUUCAGUAGGUGUGAAAUGAGAGAACACGUGAAUCCAUAUUAGAAUGCACCAGGUAUUGUUGAUUGCACAAACACUGGCAUAAAAAAAAGAGCUUCAGAAGUGCCCUUCUGCAGUUCCCCAGCCCGGCUGUUGUCAGGGAGUGUGAAAGAAUCGUGCAAGAAAUGUAGUGCUUAUUUCCUUCUGGCAUCACAGUCUUGCCACUGUUUUAUCACAACUAACAAAUGUACUGUUCUCAUCAUUCUGCCUCAGAAUAUCACUCUUAAUAAUCACUUGCCAUGCUCUCUUGCUCCUCUUUCUCUUCACAUCUCUCUCCUACUCUCCUCUCUACUUGAUCACUUAACAAGCUCUCAAGCUAUCUUCCAUUUGAUACCAUCAAAACUCACUCUUCCUGUUUGUGCAGCUAAAAACCCGCAUAGAAUUAUGAUCUCAACCCUUGAUUACUUCUCUCCUUUCCUUUUAUCACCCUCCCUUUCUGAGCUGUGCUUUUGAAUAUAUCUUUUGCUGCGUUAAUGCAUCCUAUUUCUCUUCAGCCUAAAGUGCUGGGGACAGAACAAGUCUUGCUUCACUGUCAUACAGAACAGGUGAUAUUUCUAGUCCCUUCUGAAUAAUAGGAAUGGAUGGUUUUAAGAUAGCAUAGAUGACAGUGUAAGAUGCCUUGAGUAGCUAGAGCAGACCAUUAUUAACAAGGUGCUUAAUAUAACUAACAAAAGACAUUACAGUUUUAAAGGGAAAUUUGAGACCGUCUAAUGCCUCAAAAACUGGAAAUAAUAUCAAGCCCAUAGAAACAGUCUGAAGGUGUAACUCUUUGAAUCAGAGAGAUAUGGAAGUAUACAGUCAUUGCUUAAUGAACCAGCUUUGCUUUUCUUUAGAAAGAAAAUUGUUCAUUUGUUUCAGUCUUUGGCUUUUGCAUAGCUUUCUGUAUCAACACUCUGUAACAUCACCAUGAACUAUGAUUUUCCUUGAUGGUUUUACUUACAUUAGGAUUUCCUAAGUUCACAUAGCUUUAGCCUUUUCUUUAAGGUUUUGUUUUGUUUUGUUGUUUUUGUGGGGUUUUUUUUAGCAAGUCCUACUUCUUACUUUUACUGAGAAAUGCAUGAGGAUUUCAUUCAAGAGAAGACACGUUUGACUCUUGGAAGCAGCGUAAGCUACCCAAUUUAAAGAGGAAAAACCCUAGGUCUUGGUUUCUACCAUUUUCAUCAUGUUCUUCACCCCUUUCUUUAGAGCAUGAGAUUUAGAAAGUCUGUUUUUCACAGAAACUGGAAAACAAAAAAAGUCUAAUAUCCUAUAUGUGUUUUUCAGCUUCAGUUUCAGGACACCCAGGGACCAUUCUGCUUUAUCAGAGAGCACAGAAAGUCCCUUUUGACAUUUCCACUGUUUUUUAGCAGCUCAGUCUGUUUAUUCUGAAGAAGAAAGCUUUUCAAGGGCACUAUUUUUCACCUUCUUAACCAUUUCAAGUAAAUUUGAUGGUUGUAGGGCACCAUUAAAAUCCCUGUAGUGGCUGUUAGUAAUUGUAACCAGCUUAAUAGUGUUCUCAACUCUUAAACUUCUUAUCUAGGCUGAUAAAUGAGCAAACUUAAAGAUUUUGCAAAGGUAAUUAUUAACUUGCCACUUGACAAUAUUUAUCAUGCAGCAAAGUGGUUAUUCUCCACCAUAAUUUUGUAGAAAAGUGCUCUGGGGACUUUGAAAGCAGAUGUUAUUAUAGAGAAAUGAACUGCUAUAGAUCAAGCUGGUGACUGUAGUUCUGUUUCAGUAGCUACAUAGUAUUUUCUGCAGCCUUGUGAAGUAUUUUGAGGUGGUAUAAUGGUGUAUGCUAGUUUACGUGAUUGCCAUUGUUUGAAUUUGCUGGUGUAGAACUGUGCUUGUUGGUAGUUUUCAGCAUAAUGCUUCAGGAUUCCUUUGUGAAACUGAAUUGUAUAGCAGUGCCUGAUGAAAAAAAGAACUAAGUGAGGAAGCACUGAUUCUCUGAAAGCCUAUUUAAGCCACGAGCAGAAAUUUCAAGGUAUACAUCUUGACAGGGAGAGUAAAUGGUUGCAGUCCUUGGCUAGAGAGGAUGGAUGGGACCAGGACAGACCCAAGGAGUCCCUGCCCCACCUUGGAUGUGGUGAGCAAGGAUGUGCAGUUUGCUGCUGCAAGACUUGCUUUGGGACUGUUUCUAAUAGAAGAGCAUGCAGGAAAUGUGCUUCAGUUGGGCCCUUGUUAGUAUUUUCUUAAUUAGCCCAGUGAAUGUUGAAAGAGUGGAAAUGAGAUGCAGGAUAAAUAGCCCCUAGUUUUGCUGAUCAGAGAACCUCCUUGGUAGUACCUGCUGCAGUUUACAUUUUCUCGCUUUUAUAAUACUUUUGUCCAUGUGACACUAGAGCUAACUUGAGAGAAGAAGGGAAAAUUCUCCUCUCCCCUUGCAGCACGGUGACUGAAAGGGACAAGAUUUGCAAUUAGUUUUAAAAAGAGCUGGCCUUUGGUGUGUGUGCUCAAAUGGAGUAGCUUCUUUGAACAGAACCGGUUUCUACUUGAUAAGUCUUUAUUCUCUCUGCUGGCCACUUCAGAAACCUGUCUACCUUCUUCCCUUGGGUCUCUGUGUUUCCCAGGCGACAGCAGAAGGAAGCAGAUCAAGGGCUAGAUGGACUGCAGGGAUGGCCUGACAGUUCUGCUUUUCCAUUGCUUCCGCAUGCCAGAGCAAGGCUUUUGUAAUUCUUUUUGUCCACACCUUUCCCUGCCUCUGUCACCAGGUCAGUUUUAAGUGUUUGCAGUGAUAAGCCCCAUCAAGCCACUGAUCUUUAAGCGGAGCUCCAGACAGAAAAGGUCAUUAAAAUGUCAAUGACACAAUAUGUCUCCCAUGCCCUGCUUUGGAAUGUAACAGUUUAAUACCAGGCUUUGCCUCGAGUAUCUGCUGAGCCCUUUACAGGUCUUCCUGCUUUCAAAUGGACUGGUUUCCUUUAACAGAGAUAUUGCCAAAAUCCUCAGCCUCUGUAGAUGUCUUGUGACUUACUGAUGUCGGAUGCCCACUUUACAUUUUAUGUAUUGUGGUGAUUUAAUACUGAUGAGCAGCUCAGCACCAACAUGACAUUUUCUCACUCCCUUUCCUCAGAAGGGCAGGGGGAGAAAAUAUGAAAAAAGUCUGAAGGAAAAUUACAGGGAUAUUGCUCCCCAGUUACCAUCAUGGGCAAAAGAGAUUUUAGCACAAGGGGCACUGGUGUAAUUUAUUACUGACAAAUAACAGACCAGAGCAAUGAGAAGUAAAAGCAAACUGAACCACCUUCUCCCCAUCCACCCUGUUCUACCACCUCCCCACAAACGCCGCAGAGGAACAGGGGAUGGGAGCUGCUGCAGUCAGCCCAUAACACUCUGUCUCUGCACUCCUCCAUGGUCAUUCUCUGCCCAGGUGGCAUGUGGGUCCUUUCCGCAGAUACCAUCCUUCCCAGUCUGAUCCUACAUCAGCUUCCCACAGGCAGCAGCUCUCCCAGCGCUGCUUGAACCUGGGGCCACCCUUCAGGCGCUGCUCCCCAGCCCUCCUGCCGCCCCAUGGGCCGCUCUGCUCGGGCUGCAGCUCCAACACGGGGCUGCUCCUGCAGGGUGCCCAUGAACGUACCUCCUCCAGGCCGCCUCCAUUGCCACACCGGGGGCUCCUCUGUGGCCGUGCGUGGAGAUGUUCUCUGCGCGGUGCCCGUGGGCUGCAGGGAGCUGCUGCUCGGUGCCUGGAGCACCUCCCACCCUCCUGCCCCUACCUCAGGGCCGACGGGGCUGCUUCUCUUACAUGGGUCACCCCUCUCUCCCAGCUGCUGUUGAGCAACGGUUUGCCCUUUCCUAAACCUGCUGUCCCAGAGCGCACCCAGCGUUGCUCAUGGCCCAGCUCUGGCAGCACCAGGUCCCUUUUGGAGCAGCUGGAGCUGGCUCUGGUCUGACACGGGGCAGCGCUGGCUCUGCUCACAGAAGCCCCUGCAGCACCCUUGUUACCAAAGCUAGGUAGAUCAUUUGAGAUAUGUACAGAAAGGGGAGGGCUGCUCCUGAUGGGUAGGCAGGAGGGGACUCUUUGACAUAGAGGUGACCAAACCAAAAACUGCUGAAUCUGGCCUAAAGAUUCCAGUGCUAAACUCUACUGAAACAGGAGAAUUUGGAGAGUCACAGCUCCAGAAGGGUCACCCAAGCAGCAUAAAGAACUGUAGCACUACAUGAGUCACUAACCAAGGGUGUAGAUAGCAAGCACUGAUAGUGGGAAUUGCAGUGCCUCUUAGUAAAUAAAGCUCUGGCAAUGGACAGAUGGAUAUUCUUCCCACAGAUAACAUGGCGCACACGCCUUUAGAGCCAGUCUGUCACGAGUGCUCAGGCACCUGCUGCAGGCUUACAUGCUGCUGCUGGCUUAUGAGCUGCCAUCUCGGUACAGUUUGAUUUCUUCAGUGGCGCAGGUUUGCAGCAGCAAGAGACAUGGUGUUUGUUAUCCCGCAAAUGAUGGAACUCACUGAGUCCAAACAACUUACAAAAGAAGCAGCAUAAAGCAUGAGGUAGCUUGCAAGCUCAAGCGUGGCCAUGACAACUUGGUCUAUAGAAGGCACUAUGCUCGUUACAUACCUAAAAUGCAAUUCCCCUAUCUCCAAAAGAACAUGAUUUCUCUUAUUUUUGAACUACUAUACACCAAGGACUGGUCUAUUCAGCCUGCCAUGUGACAACAGGAGUUCCUGUUCUAUAGAGAAAGAGAACAUAAUAGCAGAGUAGAAUAUUAUCAGCCAGGAGAGUCUAUCCAUCAAACCAGAGGUGUAUUUCUCCAUUUGCACUCCCAAUUGUGGCAGUAAAUUGAAAGCUUUGGUUCUCAGUUUUCUUGUUAAGUAGAUCAAUUCUCAUAUUCUUUUGGGGCAUAUGAAAUGGCAGUAUUAGAUUACUAGCCAUCAGUAAGAAGGGCCUUUGUCUUUUCUCGUUAAUUGGCUGAUACACAUUUUAAGAAUCCAUCUUGAGUGUUUUUCUCUAUAGGAAGGGUAUUUCUGCAAUGAGAGAUGAUAGUUUUGUUCCUACUAGAUCUUUUAUUUUGGCUGCGGUAUUUUCAAACAAUUAGCACUUCAGCAUGCAGCAUAGAUAAGGGGGGUCUCAGCUGAAUCUUCAGGACAUAGUUUUUCAUAUGUUUUCAAAAUUAGUAUCACACUUUCAUAUUACUUAUCACAGCAUUUGACAGAGCCAGGCUCUUUUCAAUGGUGCCCGGUGGCAGGACGAAGGCCACAGCAUGAAACACUUUACUGUGUGGAUGACAACAAGCACAUGGCAGUGGAUGAUGAAUAAGUGUAAAGCAAGCACAUGGCUCUGGGAUGGGGGAGGCUUUAUCGAGGCAGCUUAGAGCAGUGCUGGACCAUUUUGCCAUCUAUCUCCCUUUCACACACCCACACCCCUUUCUAGACUCUGUUUGCCCCUGGUUGGUGUAUUUACUCUCCAUUAGUCUGCAGUGUUAGCAUCAAGGUUGGAUGCUGUUCUUGAAUCAACAGUUGAAUCCCGCCUGUUCUAACACCAUCAGGAGUAAAUUGCUAGCUAAUCACCAAGGAAAAGAGACUUGAAUAACAAGUGGUUCUCUGAGAAGUGCAGCUAGUAAAGACCAGUUUUCAGUUUUUGGCUUUCUUGCCUAUUCAGACUCUCAGUUGUUCAAUAACUAGUGAACUUCUUAAUAAUUCCCUAAAUGAGGCCACUACUAGGCUGUCUCUCCUAUGCCUGUUUACAAGUUCUUGUAGAAGUAUAGGUCUUUUGAAGGAUCUGUCUGCAGUUUAAUUGCAACAGUCUCGAAUGUUAUGUGCAAGGGAAGGGCUACACAUGGUUUAAUCACAGGAACUGUAAAUGAGAGUUGUGUCAGGCUCUCCUCUUGUGUGUGUCCCGAACAGUCAAAGAGGCAAACAGCCUAAAGGCAGCAGUGAGUGUAACCACAUCGUUUCCUCUCACAGCAGCGGGGUGACUGGGGCUUCUGUCAGGCCCUGUCUGUGAAACUGCACCAUGCUCUGCACCACGAGUUCAGUGCAGAAUGUCUCCAGGGACCACAGCUGUUGUAAAGAGAAGUAGCUGUAUUCUUGUUUGUUCGCUUAUACGUGUAAAACCAUGAAUAACAUGGGAAACUGACAUAAGCCUGGGUAGUGACUCUUGAUCCUAAAUCUGUCAAUAGUCACAAGAAUGAAUAACUUUGAAUUAGUCUGUUACAGAGGUAUUUAUGUAUUUAGCGGUAGGUUUAACAUGGCCUUAUUACUGUGACAUAAGGAACAGAUGAGUCUGGAUUUAAGAAAAGCUACGGCCAUUAUUUUUAAUGCUUCUGGGUACCAACAAACAGCAACGAAUUUUUCCACUGUUCAAUAAUAAGCUAGUUCAGAUACAAGGAAAGAAGAAAGGAUUAUUUUUGAAAGCUGCAAGUAGUAACAACAUAAUGGUUUCAUUAUCUAAAUUUCAGUCACAACAAGGACAAAAAAAAUCCCUCUUGUGUAUGCUGAAGAGCUUUUCAGUUCUGAAAAAAAAAUCAAUACCAUAUUCACACUAAUGUUUGCUUGCAUAAAAUAUUGACUGUAGACAUACUGGCAGUUUUACAUAAAGACUUAAAAGCAAUCUUGAUCGUCUGAAAGGUUCUAAUUGUUCUUCCCCUUUCCUGAGAGGGUAAUGAAAGGACAACUAAAAAGCAGAACUAUAUAGUUAUUUUAUAACUGGCACUAACAAAUUUCAGCAAUUAUAGAGUCCAUUCUGUAAGCAAUGAAUGUGUGGCUCCCAAUUAAUCUAGUGUACCUCUAGGCAAGGUCUAAAUCAGCUGGAUACAGCUAAAGCAAUUUGCACACAGCUAAAAGCAAAUUGGAAAAUAAGUGUUCCACGCUACUGCCUAUCUUUCCAAGCCAAAUACACAAUGAUAUGCUGGCAGCAGCACUCUGUCGUGUUAUUUGCAGCUAUCAAUUUUAAUUAUAACAACUAUUGAUUAGUUGGGAAAGUGAAUAACCUAAUGUUCAAAUGAGAUUGGCACCGUUUCUGGGCAUCUUUUUUCCCUUUCGUGCAUACAUCUGUUUAGUCUUAGGAAAUACUAAGAAGAUACCUGCAUCACAUUACUGAGCUUAGCUAACUAUAUUUGAAGUUGCAGCAGUGAUUUUUGUUGCUGUUGUUUACAGCUAAAGUUGAUAUGAGUUGAACAAGGGCAUGAGGGCUCAGUUCAGGACUGCAGGCCAAAAUUUCCAAAUGUGGGCAGGCACCUGUUUUCUUACUUAACCACCCAACAAAUGAGCUGCUUUGUAAAGGGAGAGCGCUUCUGUUGCCCAGUGACUCCAGCUAUUUUGCUAUCUUACUUACUUUUAGACACAAGCUGUUUUUUUCUGUAGAACAGUGCUUCUCUUGGAACAGAGAAAAGAGGAAAUUAUCUAAUCCUUGCUGCACCGAGAGCUGUAUGAGUUUCAACUAAAUAAAUAGAGCCGAGAAGAGUACAUCCAGAGUGGAGCAGGGUUUCAGCCACAAAGGCUGAACACAAAUCCAAGUGUUUGGUGCAAGCUCAUCCAUGUGGCUAACCAAAUGCUCUCCUUUGCUGUGUUGCUGAAGACACACAGUUUUCACUUGGAGCGAUCCACCAAGCACUCAGCUACUGAGUGCUGCCUGCCAAAGACGCCCUCCAGGAGCAUUAUAGACUGCCUCCUCCAAGGCUGAUGCACAAGGGGAUGUCUCCCUCCAUGCCUCCAGCUUCUCCAGAGCUGAAACCUGUAGCUACUGGGGCAGGUGAAUUGGACAAGACCUCUGCACCAGAUCAUGAGCCAGAGAACAUGCUAACAGCACUUGACAUCACAGCAUGCAAACAAAGAAAAAAAUUACGAAGGUGUUGGAGUGAAUCCUGAAUAUGCCAAGCAGAGGAAUGGCCGUGCCUGGUAACAAAACUGCUCCCUGAGAGAAAAAUGGUGGAACCGUUCGGUAUACACACAGACGUGUCACCAAGGGAUCUGGUCAUCUUUGGUGUACGCGCACAUGAUGGAUACGAUAUCUCCUGCUCUGUAUUUUGUGUUUCCAAGCUCUUUUGCUCAGUGUCAGGAUUUAGUAUUCCCUUUCAAAUUAUUUUGCCCCACACUCCAAAGCUUCCAGCAGGCUCUGCUCAGUCUUAUAAAGAUGUGCUUAAAGACAGAGCUCUGUCCCAGCCUUUUUUCUUAUUCCUUUCUUUCUCUUCUGUUGAGUUAAGGGCAAAAACCAAAUAGAUAGCAGUUUCCUGCUUAACAGCGUUUGCCACAUUAGCUUUAUUGUAUCAGAGAACCAGGAAAAACUAUAGAUUACAGUCCCUUAGCUGGUGUAGAACAGUGCAAUUCAUAGUUUGUUAGUCCAUGAAUUGAUAAUCUCACAGCUUCUCAAUUAUGUAAAAGAUAGUAUUAAUAUUAAAACUACUGUGCCUAUCCAUAACUUUGGGAUCAGAAACAUUCUUCAAGGGACCAUACUCCAUCUACAAUAAGUGCUUCAGUUCAGAUUAAUACAGCUUCAUUUGCCCUGUCACUGUGCAGACAGAGUGGGCCUCAAGCCAGCUGAGGUCAAGUAGGUGUCCAACUAGGCAAAGUCAUUUUUACAUUCGGAGAGCAUGAGGUCAGCACACUGGAGAGAUUUAAGCACCAAAAAAGGUGUAGACAUAGGUAUCUUAUGGAUUUCCAGAAGUGCUAUCACAGGGUAGUUAGGCAUCUGGCAACUGUGUAGUAAAACACAUUUUGAGAUUCCUGCAAAGAGCUUUUUCUAGGCGCUUGAAUGCUCUUGAAAAUCCAGCUGCAUUUGCAGCAGAAACAUUCAACAACGUUGUUGUUUCCCUCUCCUGCUGCCUGAGGUCCACUGAGAUGUUACCCCAGUGCUAAGAUGCAAAGCUGUGAAGUACAGUGAAGUGCAGUACCCUUCAGGUGUGUGCUCUGCAGGAGGACAGCUGGGAGCCAUCUGGCUAAUGAAGGCACUGGGAGGCCAACAGCCCAGAGUGAGUGGCACCAUGUCCAUUGAGUGCUGGGGACCUGUUUUCUUGGCAGUCCUUGCUGCAUGCUAGGUGAAGGAAGUCAAAGUGGACACCAAAGAGCAUUAGACAAACCAUCUCCUGGUUGGCUUGGUCAUCAGAGUUGGCCACAAGCAAAUACACGGGAAAGAGCAAGAAGAAGAAACCUAUCUACACCAGUACUCUCCCACCUUCUGACAGUUUUCAUCCAGGGUAUUUUCUGACCUUCUUAUAUUUUUUCUACAUAACAGUGUACAAACUUUCUUCAGAGUGCUAGCUCAUUCUCCAGUUGGAUGCAGUAUAAACUUCCUGAAUUCACAGUGUUCUUUGCCAUGGACUAUCCACAUAUACUACAUAUUUCGUGAAGAUCUUCUGACUGCAAUGCCUCUUGUCUUUACUUGACAAACAUGGAUUCUUGUACUGGAAGUCGCAACAUACAAUUUCUCUAAUCAUCUUCCCUCUGUGUCUCUUGUGGUCUUUAAACAUAAAUGUAUUUUCUUAUAAGGGAUCUUUUUUUUUUGCACUGAAGUCAGCCAAACUAAUUGUUUUUUUUUUUUUCUUUUUCCCCUCUAAAUGGAGCCUAUUAAUCAUCCUUGUUAUCCUUCUCUGAACCUUUGGAUUUUCUGACGUAUCACUUACUGUUGUAGAGACAAAUGUCCAUCUUUCCAUUGUGAGAACUGCCCAAUUAUUUCUACCUUUAACUUCCUGGGUUUUAGCCAGUUACAUCUCUAUUUGUGCUUUUAUUCUGGUGAGUUCCCUUAAAAACAUAGUGACAUGGUUUGGGUAGAGAUAGAAUUAAUUUUCUUUGUGAAUGAUCAUGUGAUGCUGCAUUUUGGAUUUAUGUGAAAAGUGAUGUUGCAAACUCAACAAUGCUUCAGUUAUUGCAGAGCAGUAAUAGCACAGAGCCAAGAUCUUUUCUGCUUCUGGCGCUGCCCUGCCAGGCAGGAGCUGGGGAUACACAAGGAGAAGGGAGGGGAUACAGCCAGGACAGCUGACCUAAACUGGGUGAAGGGAUGACUCAUACUAUAUGGUGGGGGAGGUUUUCAAAGUGAAGCAUUUGUCUUCUCAAGAAACCACUGUGUGUGAUGAGCCCUGCUUUCCUGGAGCAUCUGCCUGUUGAUGGGAAGUAGUGAAUGAAUUCCUUAUUUUGCUUUGCUUUUCCUAGUAAUCUGUCUUUACCUCAACCCAUGAGUUCUUGCACUUUUACCUUUCUGAUUCUCUCCAUCACCCCACCUGGGGUGAGUGAGGGAGUGGCUGGGUAGCAGCUGCCUGCCAGGUUAAACCAACUCAGUAUGGGGCACAAAAGGUUUGAGGUAAUGACAGAUUUAAUUGGAGUGUAGAGGUGUUGUAGCUGUUUAGCUGCUAAUUGGCAGGCUCCUGUGCUUGUCAUGGGGCUUGCUUGCCUUAUUGUAUGUUAGAGUUCAGUGCUUGUUAGUGACUGCUUUUGCUUCUGCCGUUUGCUGUACUCCCUUAGCAUCUUGCUUUGCUGUGCCUGGGAACGUUUGGUAACAGUAUGUGCCUGGGUUGUCACAUGGAUGGAGUAUCACUGCUUUUCCUGUGCUGCUGUAUUGGACAGGCUGAGAUUCCAGUAUGAACUUGAGUCAGAGGGACGGUGACCUGUGGAUGAGUCCACAUGGGAGCAUGCGCACCUCUGUGUGUCUCUGGCUGUGGCACAACAGGUGCACCUUGCAGUGUUCAUGUCUAUGGAUAAGGCCAUACCAGAACACGGUGAAGAAUCUGUCACAGUGGAUAAGACCAUGACACAGCAGGUAUCUGAAGGGUCUGUGGCCAAUGGAUAAGGCCAUGCCAGAGCAGGUACACCUCUAAAGAACUGUAGUUAAUGGACAGUUCCAAACUGGAAGGGACAAGGAGAGGAGUUCUUUGCAAUGUUAAAUGCUGUGGCCUGAUCCAAAGGGACAAGGAGCAGAGAUUGUAAUAGCUAUAGCUUUAAAUUGUUCUAACCCUUUAUUUAAGUUAUAUAUUAUAAGGAAAUUCUAUAGCAGGAACCACUUGAAUCAAUGGAAGAUGAACCUCACAAGGAGCAGUGCAAGUACAGCAGUGACUCGACCUGAAUUGUCUUUGGCACCCAGUAACUCCAUGCAACACACUGCCUCUCCUGUCCUGAGCAACCACCGUAACAGAUAGAAGCUAAGACGUGGACUAAAAGAACUCAGUGGACAUUUUAUGGACAUUUCACAGGGAUGAUCCAUAGACUAAGGGAAUGAUAUCUGCAUAUCAAUUGAAAGGUUGUGACUAAUGAGAAUGUAUUGGAAAGUGUAGGACAUGAGCAUGACGUGAAUGAUAUGGAAUAAGGGGUGGAUACUGUCAUGGUUUUGUCUGGAAUAGAGUUAAUUCUCUUUGUAAAGGCUCAUUUGAUGCUUUUUUGUGUGUGUGUGUGUGAAAAUAGUGGGGAUAAAUCAACAAUAUUUUAGUUGUUGCAGAGCAGUACUUACACAGAGCCAAGGAUAUUUCAGCUUCUCAUACCACUCUGCCGUGAGGAGCUGGAGGUACACAAGAAGCUGAGAGGGGGCACCCCAACUGACCAGAGGGAUAUUCCAUACCAUGUAGUGUCAUGCUCAUCAAUAAAAUAUGGAGUAAAUAAAGAGGAAGGGUGGGAUGUUUGGAGUAAUGGAGUUUGUAUUCCCAAGAAACCAUUACGUGUGAUGAGCCCUGCUUUCCUGGAAGUGGCUGAAAAUCUGCCUGCCGAAGGGAAGUAGUGAAAAAAUUCCUUAUUUUGCUUUGCUUGUGCACUCUGCUUUUGCUUUACCUAGUAAACUGUCUUUAUGUCAACCUA